AUGACUGUUGCCGUUGCCCUUUGCCGGGUUUUCAGUCGUCUGAUCGCUGGUGGGAAUUUGACGGAGACUAGUCGCGCUGCAGAGAAUGAGAAAAUCAUUGUAGCUUGGUUGAAAGAACGCUGCCGGGAAUACCAGAAGCUCUUGCUGUCCAUCAUUCGCGAAUCUGACUCCUCAUCUCAGGUCCGUAUAUAUUCCAACUGGCCAUAUCCACACGGUACUAACACCCAGCAGAUCAGCGCCUUGACCUUGUGCCUGUGCCUCAUCAACGAACGUGCCACCCACCUCCCCGGCGACAAUACUCAGGAAUGGACAUCGGGCUUAUUCAAGGGAAUUUUCGAGGCGGUUGUUGAAGCCAAGAACGGACAAGCAGUGCUCUCCGAAUUCAUCGAGAAGACAAAGGAAUUCGAAGACGUGCGGUACUACACAUUCAUGCAGCUUGCGUAUGUCCACCUGCACAGAACCAAAAAGGAGCCUUUACAGCAGUCCAAAUCCACUGACACACAAAACAGCGAAUACGCAGACACCGAACAAACAUCCGAGACCCUCGACGUCCUAAUCUCCAUACUCUCAGCAUGCGAUUCCGUACCAGGCCCGGAGCACGAAUUCGAAAGCUUCUACACCGAAUCCAGCAAGCAGAACAAAAAGGUCCUCUCCGUGAACUCGCACAAGAAACGAGCCCAAGACGCCUGGCUCGCCAUCCUGCGCAACAACCUCUCCCAAUCGCAGCGUAAAACCCUCCUGCGCAUCAUGGUCCACAACAUCGAGCCGUGGUUCAACCGCCCCGAACUCCUCAUGGACUUCUUAACAGAUUCCUACAACGUCGGAGGAGCAACCUCUCUCCUUGCCCUCUCGGGUCUCUUCUACCUCAUCCAAGAGAAGAACCUCGACUACCCCCAAUUCUACCAAAAGCUCUACUCGCUCCUCGACGCCGACCUCCUCCACUCCAAGCACCGCUCCCGCUUCUUCCGCCUCAUGAACACCUUCCUCGCCUCUACCCACUUGCCCGCCGCCCUGAUCGCUAGCUUCCUCAAGCGUCUCUCUCGCCUCUCUCUCAACGCGCCCCCGACUGCCAUCGUGGCCAUUGUCCCCUUCAUGUACAACCUCCUCAAAGAACACCCUACCUGCGCCUUCAUGAUGCACCGCAACAUUCGCGACGAAGGGCUCAAGGCUCAGAUAGAAGCAGAGGGCAUGGAUGAUCCCUUUGAUCCUACUGAGCCCGAUCCGACCCGCACAAACGCCAUCGAGAGCAGUUUAUGGGAAAUCGAGACUCUUCAGUCUCAUUAUCAUCCUAAUGUGGCUGCUAUUGCAAACAUUAUUUCUGAGCAGUUCACGAAACAAUUCUAUAAUUUGGAGGAUUUCUUGGAUUACACUUACCAGGGUAUGUUGCAGGGAGAGCUGGGGACUGAGGACAAGCCGUUCAAGAGGACGCCGGUGGUGGAGUAUCAAAUACCCAGGCGGAUCUUCACGGAUCGGUUGUUGGAGGAAGAUGGUGGCCAGGAUUCGGGUCCUGGUAGCUUUGUCCGAGGAUUGUGGGAUUUUGCUUGA